CAACAAUUCCAUGAUUUUCAUGUCUCACGCUCCCUUCACUCUCCCUAUAUAAGCCCUCUUCAUCUCCAAACAUGCUCACCAAACCACAACUCAUCAUACACAAUACUCCCUAGCUUACAUUAAAUCAAAUCGGAGAGACUAUAGGAACAUAUACCAAUACCAUGGCUGUGAAAUUCGCACAGGGACUUAUCAUGAUGCUAGUUAUAACUGUUUCAAUGUUUGCAGUGAGCAUGGCCAACAAGGAGUGGUCCUCUGGUUUCAACUACACUGAUUGGUGGUCCAGAUUUGGAAAUCACAACUACAAUAACAAAACAGAACAACAACAACAACAACAGCCAAAGCAGAUACUUGUUGGUGGUUCUGAGCAUUGGCACUUCGGCUACAAUUACUCUGACUGGGCUAUCAAGAGUGCUCCAUUUUACCUCAAUGAUACUCUAGUUUUCAAGUUUGAAGCUCCAAAUGCCUCCACUUUCCCACACAGCGUUUACAUGUUUAAAGAUUUCUAUAGCUUUAUGAAGUGUGAUAUUAAAAGGGCUAGAAUGCUAGCAAAUCCCACUCAAGGAGGAGGUGAAGGCUUCAAGUUUGUGUUGAAGAAGUGGCAACCUCACUUUUUCGGUUGUGGCGAGAGAAACGGCUUCCACUGCAACAAUGGGACAAUGAAAUUCGCUGUGAUGCCAAUGCUUCGUCCCUUCUGGUCUUGGCCGUGAAAUUUUUAUGCCGCAGCAACAAGCUAGCUCCUCCAAGCACUAUUGUGGCUUGUUCUAGUUUCUGUUUUCAUCUAUAUAUGUUUCAAGCUUAUGGGAGAAUAAUUAAGCUUGUAGUUUAAUUUUUAGUUGAUUUUGAUGAAUUUAAUUUACUUUGCAAAUUGUAAUGCAA